AUGCUGCCAAACACGCAAUCCACAGAUCAAUGGAAGACCUUCUUCAAGCGAUGUCUGGCACGUCGUGUUGAUGUUGAGGAGUUCCAGGAUCUGACACAGUUAAUGCAACGGCGGGCUCCAUUGAAGGAGCACGACCUCCUUGAUCUCCUAUUCGAGACUCGUUCUACGGUCAAUGUUCCUUGGGACCCUCUUCUGCCAGUAUAUGUGGAUGGCUUGUGUAAAGCCAAGCAGGUGAAGACAGCGUCGGCUUUGAGACGAUUAUUGGCGCACUCAACGAUCCGUAAAGACCCCGAGUCAAAAUGCAAAACAUCGACGUUCAUGACAGAUAUCAAGGUCAUACAAGAUGUGAUGCUUUCUAUAUCAACAGGCACGAUCCCUCGGCUGACUCCAGAAGCGGCCGAGCUGUAUGAUGCCACGGCGGAAUGGAUUUUAGCCGUGAUUGAAUGGUAUAAUCGCAAUGCCUUGCUUCGAAACGGCGGAGCGACCACUUCUGCGGAUGCAUUGUCAUUGUUUGAAUCCCUUGGCAUACUGCUCGCGGCUUUGUCGGGAACGACCAAGGGACUGGAAACGCUUUCGAGCGAACAUUAUCAGGAUCUCAGACUCAAGCUUGGUCAAGCUCUCACUGCGUAUCUGCCUCUCUGCGUGGACGUUUCGUUGCCUUUGCGGCAAAGGCUUGAUGCCCUCCAGAAGGAAUUCAAUCUGUUCGGGCAACAGCCUGCCGAGGCAUUGGAUCACCCAGCGAUGGGAGAUGUGAACGUCAACUCACUUCAGUUCGAGGCUUCUGUGAUGGACGGGCCAGUCAUCAACACGAGAGCCGGUCUCUAUGUGUAUCUCAAUUCUAUGCUUGUGGGUCGUCCAUUAGUCGACGAUUCCAUCUUGAUCAAUUAUCUCAACAAUCGAUAUGAAGGGCAUCAAGAGGUCCUUGUCGUUGACCUUACCACGGCUGCAUUCGAUGUUCUUUGCAACGGAGUUCAUCGCAACGAGUCGAGUCGAACCAUGUUCCUGUUCCGCAGCUUCCUAGUCAACAAGCUUCCAGCCUUUUUUGCCGCGAUGAUGGCGGCAUCAAUGGUGCCGAUUCCCAUGGAGAUGUGCAUCACACAGGCUCUAAACCGCCUUGACCCCAAUUCCUUCCCUUCUUUCUCUCAGAUGUUUUCCAUGCAGGGAAGUAGCAUACUCUCUGAUGCUCGCCAGGAAUUUCUGUUUGCUUGCGCAUCACAUCGUCUCAUCCAGGAAUCGAGCAUUGAGAGGCUCCUAGGAGAGAACCCAAUGCAGACCGUACCGGUGGGCGGUCCCUACCAGAAAGAUGAUCUCAUUUCCCAAAUCAACAACAGUCCAGCUCGGGCUGAACAAUUGAUUGGGGAGAUCGAAUCGAUGGAAGGCAAUGCAGGAGCCAUUGUUGGCGCUAUCACUGAGGUCAUGUUGAAUCUGUGCGCACAAAAGGAGACUAUGACCUUGAAGAACAUUUGCAACUCCAUAUCUCGACGCCCGCAAACAUUGGACGUCAUUCUCCUGUUCCGGACCUCAAAGCAAGUACUGCAACCUCUGUGCGGUUUGCUAGAUUCUUGGCGCUGGGACGAGGAUCAGGGUGAAAACCAGCCCGUAUACGAUGAGUUUGGCAGUAUCUUGCUUCUGGUCCUUGUUUUCAAAUAUCGAUACAAUCUGACUCCCGCGGACAUGGGCAUCUCGAACAGUGACUCGUUUGUUUUGAAGCUCCUGGAUCGCGGAUCUUGCAGUCAAAAACUCAACAAUCUCAGUGAAAAGCAAAACAAAGACCUCGGCGCUUGGAUCGGUGCACUUUUCAUCGCAGAGGGUAUCAGUGAAGAGACAAUGUCUGCAUGCAGUCCCCAAGACUUUUACAUGCUCGUCGCGACAUUGUUCGACCAAAGCCUGGGAGCUUGCGAGUCUGGAAAAAUGGACUUUGAGACUCUCAAGGGUGGAUUCGAGUAUCUUCUCGAGCCAUUCUUGCUUCCAUCUCUAGUUGUGGCUCUCAUCUGGCUCGGAAAUCACAUCUGGCAGUCUGAAACCGAGCCGGUAAUCUCAUUGAAGACGCUCUACUCUUUGGUCAAGCCUACCUCCAUUUCUGGAGAGGCACAAGCCAUUCACAAAACAGUCCUAAACAUCAUUGCUCGGCCGCUGGAAGAGCAGCUCAAAGAUGUCCGGACAAGACAUCAAGCCCGGCAGAACAUUGACAAGAUUUCAAACAUCAAACCCAUUCUUGAUGCGCUCGACCCUUAUCUCUCUUUCCGUCGUGUUGGAGGCUGCCUUCGCUCCGAGCUCGAGAUUUGGGCCGCCCCGGCAACAGGUGGACUUUUGGGAAGUAUCCGUGGAACGUUACAGUCUUUGACAAUCUGGACCGCAAGCUCGGACAUCAACCUUCAGCCGCAGUCCUACACCCAUCGUCAGCUCUUGGCAGGUAUCAACUUACUCGGCACCACGCGCAUCCUCAACGCAUUGGUCGAAGAAAUGAAGCAUCAGGCUCAGGCAGGAAGUGGUGACUUUGCAUUAGAUAUUGCGGCAACCAUGGUUUGCGCGCCCAUGCCAGAGUCAUUCGCCAUCGAGCAAAACGUCGUGCAUUCAAUUGACCCGGCUAAAGAAGUCGUGCCCCGCUGUGCAAGUCUGACUCUCCGUGACGCGCUGUCGAAUCUGCAUCAGGAUGUGCCGAAGAUCUCAGAGAAGGAUCCCUUGACGGCGGAGAUCAUUGUGCGUCUCUGGCGGCGCGUCAGUAUUCUUGCAGCGCCUCCUUCUCGAGUCUCCAACAUCGACGUCAGCAACAUCAUUCAGAACAUGGAGCUUGGCGUCGACGGACAGAAUCAAAUGAAUCUUGAUGUGACGGGCGGGGGCGUCAACGGCAAUAGUGGUGGCGAGCAUGAUCCCGGGAAUAUUGACCAAAUGCUGGAUAAUGCUGCAGCGGCCGCUGCAGCCGGUAUGAAUGGCAAUGUUGGCGAAGAUAUGGGGCUGGGGUCGGGCGCUGGUGGUAUGGAUGCGAUCGAUGAUGUUCUCAACGCGGCGGACAUGGCGGUGGGGAAUCCUGAGUUUCUAGAUUUGGACAUGGAGGGCAUGUUCUAG